AUGACAGCACACUAUUUCCAGACCACAGCCCUCGGUACGGUCAUCAGGUUGGCAACAAGGAAUCGAGUACUGGCAAAUAAAAGCUACAAAGACCAGUACCCAAAAGAAGCCAUUGAUGCACCACCACACUGCAACUCGAGAGGCGAUUGUAUACUUGUUGGAUGGACAUCAGAUAAUGACAAUGAGAACCCUCACAAUUGGUCAACAUUAAGGAAGACUGGAGUAGCCGCCCUGAUUUGCUUAUAUACCUUUACUGUCUACUGCGGGUCGUCGAUUUAUGUUCCGAGCGUUGGACAGGUAACUGAGGAGUUCAACGUCACAGAAACAGUCGCUUCGCUAGGUCUAGCACUUUAUGUUCUUGGGUAUGGAUUUGGACCACUUCUUUUCUCACCUCUCAGUGAAAUCCCCUAUAUUGGACGUAAUCCGAUCUACAUCUUUACGUUCGCCAUAUUCAAUCUCCUCUGCGUUGGAGCAGCAUUGACCGAGAGCUUCACUGGAUUUCUUAUCAUUCGCUUCCUCCAGGGUUUCUUUGGAAGCCCAUGCCUCGCCACAGGCGCUGCGAGCCUUACGGACAUGUUUUCCGUCAUCUACAUUCCAUACAGUCUAGCUGCAUGGUCAGGUGCCAUGUAUUGUGGCCCGGCGCUCGGCCCAUUGUUUUCAGGCUUUUCAGUUGUUGUCAAAGGAUGGCGGUGGUCUAUGUGGGAACUGCUAUGGCUGUCAACCUUUGUUUUGGUGCUACUAAUCAUCUUCUUACCUGAGACCUCUACACCAACAUUACUGUAUCACAGAUCUAAACUGUUGCGAGACGAAACCGGGUCUGACAAUUACGUUGACGAGAGAUCCAUUGCGUUGAGGGGAGUGUCCACCAAAGAGGCCGUAAAAGCGGCGCUGAUAAAGCCGUUUGAGAUCUCUCUCAAAGAUCCUUCAAUCGCAUUUGUAAACAUUUACACAUCGUUCACUUAUGGAAUUUACUAUUCCUUCUUUGAGGUUUUUCCACUUGUUUAUCCAAAAAUCUAUGGAAUGAAUCUUGGAGAGACAAGCGCUGUGUUUGUAUGCGUUCUUAUCGCAUGUGUUAUUGGCAUCGUAUGGUAUCUAUCUUGGUAUCGUAUGUUCAUCGAAAAGCGAUUCAAAAUACUAGGUUCCUAUGAUGUACCCGAGACUUUCUUACGUCCGGGACUACUUGGUGUCUUUGGUGCGCCAAUUGGCAUGUUCUUAUUUGGCUGGGGCGCAAGAGACUCAAUCCCCUGGGAGGUACCAACCCUCGGUAUUGUCAUCUACUGCGGCUUCUCAUUUGUUGUAGGCUCUGGAAUCUUCAUCUACCUUCCAUUGGGAUACCCCCAUUACGCGGCUAGCCUUUUUGCCGCCAACGAUGCGCUAAGGAGUUCUUUUGCAGCAGCUGCCAUUCUAUUCGGUAGGCCCCUUUACCUGAACCUUGGAAUAGGAAAAGGCUGCAGUCUACUGGGCGGUAUGAGUAUCAUUGGUAUCGCUGGGUUCUGGUAUCUCUUCUACUUUGGACAUCAAUUACGGAAGCGAAGCCGAUUUACAAUCCAGCCAUAG